GUCCACUUCAACAUGGCCAUAUGGUCACCUCCAUCACAUCGCUCCCCGGGUCAUCAGUUUCGCUGCUCACUCUCUAUAGUGUCGCGGACGUAGACAUAUACGGCUGCAAGCGCGCAUCCUACUUUCCUCCCAAGAAGCCACACUUUAGGUCAUUGGAACUCGCAUCGAACCAAUAGCAGCGUUUGAUCAUCCGCAGGUUGCAUGUGAAGGCCCCGUCAUCGAUGAGCACCACCGGCACGUUCACGACAAACAUGAUUAUCGCAGCUGCCGCCUACGCCCCGUUGGAAAUCUGCAUCGACAUCUUCGACCGCCUGGAGGACGACCGCCAAACGCUCCAAUCUUGCGCGUUGACGUGCCGCGCGUGGCUCAAUGCUGCACGGCUCUACCUCUUCAGGACGGCCAAACUCAACAAGGAGUCGAUCCCAGGAUUCAGGGCCAUUCUGAGUCAUGCCCCCGCCAUCGGAUUCUGCGUCCGCGUUCUGCACCUCAACGCUACCGCGGCCCAAGGUUUCCAGCUCCUGCGGGAUCUACCCAAUGUCAAACACCUCAUGUUGAGCGGUUGGAUCCUUAGACAUGAAGUCGACGACAACCUGGCAGCAUGUCUCAACAAGCUCGACACACUAGAGCUCAACGACUGCAAUUUCACCGCCGCAGAACUACCCCGUAUCCUAUCGGCUUGUCACGGACUCUCCAGCUUGUCUCUCCGAGACGUUACCUGGCCUCUCCUUUUCGGACCACGUGGUCGCUGGCCGAGGUUUUGUGAUCUUUCGCGCGACGUACUGCAAAUCGUCCCGAAGAGUCUACUACAUGUCCAGAACUUCUCAAUCAUCGAUUGCACGAUGCUCGUCUGCGAACUCAUCACACGAGGAAAGAUCUUCAAGCAAUCUCCUUGCCUCACCUUGACGCAUCCGGAGACCGGCGUCAUGCAGCGACUUCUGACUCGUUGGGGCCCUUCGAUCAAGGAUCUCAAGUUCAUCUUUGCCGACCAGAGAGACACAGAAAAGUUACCACCUGACCUCGAUGCUCUUACCGAGCUGGUCUCGCUCACCAUCGAGCGCAGACCUCUCGGGGACAUCAAAGGAUUGCCCAUCUGGCUGACCCGCGCCCUGAAGCACGUCCGCUCCUGCGAUUUUCGCCAUCUCAAAGUCAUAACCGGCGUAGGCUGGCACCUCGAGACGCGUCGCGAGCACUGGCAACCCGUACUCGACGCGUUGGGGGACCUGGCGAAACGCUCCGGCGGUGUAAACUUCGUCUUCGAGGCACGCCACACUUCAGAUUACUACCGCGGCCGCGCGAGUGUGCCAUUGAAAGACCUUCUGGAGGCGACCUUAGUGCGCGAAAGUCCGCCCGGCUUGACGGUUGAGGUCGUGGUCCAUACGGAUUCUAAGGAACCUCCCCCGUAGGGGGACUUACAAUCACGACGAACGUACGACCAGAUUGCUGUACACUAUGUCCAAGGAUUCGGUCUUUCUGUGUAUCUCUGUAUCCUUGUAUCAAGCUACCGCUGCCCUGUCUAUCCUUGACUCUGUUCGUUUGAUGAACGGGAACUUCCUCCACAAAGUGGUGUGCUCGUACUUUACUAAGAAAAGCUGCUGUUCAGCAUAGGUAGUGAGUGUAGAAAUAUAUGACCCCCUCGCAUGGACAUUGGCUUGGUUGGACCGCAGAGUCGUGAAUGCAGUACCUCAUCUUACACACGCCUAACUCAAAAUGGGAGAUACUGAUCAGACGGCACAAAC